GGAGCCGAGGGAAUCCGAGUAACAAUCGAGUCGCGAAGCAGUGGAGUGGCGGAGAAUAGAGAUAGAAGUGCUGCCACGUAAUUGCGGAUCAAUAAACAAAUCUGAGGUGCCCGCAAAUCCAAGUAUUUUAACGCCAAAUUUAAAAAUAUUGUGAUAUUUAGUAUUCUCAUUCAGUUAAGUGUGAUAAGUACAUCAACUUUAUAUUCGUUACAACCAUAUCGUGGUUUAAUGAAAAGUGCGCAUUGAAUAAUGACUUGUGUGUUCUCAAGCCAAGUUUUGGUGUCCCCCUCUUUUCGAAUCAGUUUCGCUAGUUGAUUCGGUGGCGUCCAAAUUUCUACAAUUGUGGCUGACCUGACUGACAAUGGAGCACUAGUGACGAUGCGCGCCCCCACCCCCUCCGAGCCGAAGUCUAAUAUAUUUCCUACCUACCAAGUGCCUCAAGAGUCAGCCAUGCGGGGCAGCGCACCCCUACCAGUACAAGACGAAAUCGUAUGGGCGUUUCGGGGGGGUCGAGUCAACCUCCCGGUCCGUCCAUUAGGCGUGCAUUUCCCUAGUGGGAAAUCCGCCGCUCAAGCUGUGAUAUUUGGCUCUGGUGGAGGCCCCGCGGCGCCAAAUCGCGAGGCCUCAACCCCUAAUCUUAAGCUGCAAUCUGUGACCGAUAACUGUCUUCUGAACUCUGUUACCGUACCAAAAAUACAACGUAAUGACCGUGAAACGGUCACCCACAAUAAUUUAACUAAUAAUAAUAAUAAUGUAGAUAAUGAUAAGGUAGAUAGUCGUAAGUUUGGUGCUUUGCCCCUCGGACGAGACAUUCCCAACCAAAAGUCUGAUGACCUCGAAGUACUCGACGCUUUGAAGACUCCGACAGUAACUACUCUUCAUGGUGAUAACAACGAUAUGGACGAAGAACGAACUGAUUUUUGUGACCAGGAUAUGACACCGCUCACAUUGUACGAUCACUUACCACAAGGAUACACCCCAUUGAGACUUAAAGGAGGCGGUGAAAGUUCUCUAAGCACCGGUACCUCUGGAUGGGGCACCCCUCCAUCUCAACAGGGCAAUAACAAUAACGUGAAUAAUUCAAGCGGCUGGGGUGUAGCGAACGCCACGAAUCCGAACAACACCGGCACCCAGUAUUGGAAUAACAAUGCUAAUCGCACACCAGCUUCCUCACAAAGUGACGCCAAUAAAGCGAAUGCUGGCGGCCAACAGCCCCCAACAACGCAAUCGAAUAGCGCUGGUUGGGUUCAGCCUGGAGCCAAACCUGGUGCCAACGGCCCUCCGGCUACUGGCGCCCCCCCGACUAAUAACAAUGCACAGAACAAUCCUCAAUCGAAUGCCACUAACUCCACUAAACUACAACUCGAGCAACUGAACAAUAUGCGUGAAGCGAUAUUCAGCACGGACGGCUGGGGUAGCCAGCAUGUUAACCAGGACACACAGUGGGACAUUCCAGCUAGUCCGGAACCGACAAUGAAAAUAGAUGGAACCGGCCCUCCACCUUGGAAACCUGCUAUUAACAAUGGAACGGAACUUUGGGAAGCCAAUCUACGAAAUGGCGGCCAGCCACCUCCUCAACCCCAGCAGAAGACACCUUGGGGUCACACUCCUUCCACGAAUAUCGGAGGAACUUGGGGAGAGGAUGACGAUACUGCGGACAGCUCCAAUGUUUGGACCGGAGUGCCCAACAACCAACAGCAAUGGGGAAAUAACAAUUCAAACGCUAUGUGGGGCGACUCAAAUAAGCGCGCCGCAGGUUCAAAUGGAGGAAAUAGUUCUGGGUGGGCAGAUCCUCGGUCUGCUCCUGAUCCAAGAGCCUCGGUUUCAGCUGCAAGUGUCGCUGCAAUGGACAGCAUGCGAUCAGAUUUGCGUGCAGCUGCUGCAGCUUCAGGACUCGAUCCCAGACAGUUAGAUCCUCGUGAAAUGCGACAAAUGACUGGCGGUGAUAUGCGAGGUGAUCCAAGAGGAAUCACUGGACGAUUGAAUGGAGCCGGUGCGGAAUUUUGGAGCCAAAGCGCUCCACAUGCAGGUCCCGGAGGAAUGCACCAUCCCAACAAAAUGCCUGUCGGGCCCGGAAAUACCGCAGGCUGGGAGGAACCGUCGCCCCCAACCCAGAGACGUGCAAUGUCCAAUUACGACGACGGGACAUCUUUGUGGGGAAACCCACAGCAAGGGUCUCAUUGGAAAGAUAUUCCCACAGGCACUGGUGCCAUGGGCGGAGGUAGAGGCGGUCCACCAGGAAUGGCGCCUGGCCGUAAACCUGACGGUGUUUGGGGUGGAGGCGGCGGUGGCGCUGGCGUUGGGCGCAAUGGAUGGGAAGAUGUCGCAGGCCCAGCAGGAGGCUGGGACGAUUCAGCAGCAGCCUGGGCUAAGCAGAAAGGUCCAGGCGGACUUUGGGAUGCUGCCGAACUUGAAUGGGGUCACAAGCCACAAAAUAAACCCCAACUUACCAAAGAACAAGUGUGGAAUUCAAAACCGUUUCGAAUGCUUGUUGACAUGGGUUACAAGAAAGAAGAGGUCGAGAACGCACUUCGCGCGCGCGAUAUGAAUGUGGAUGACGCAUUAGAGUUCCUUAGUCCUAUACGGGCCCGGGGAAAUGACGGUUGGGGCUCAGGCGGGCGACACGAUGAUCAUUUCGAACACAAUCAAUUCCCGGGUGCUCAACGAGGUGGCGGAUAUCCAGGAAUUGGUGGUCCCGGUGGUAAUCCAUUAGCAUCGGCUGGAUUUCCACCAGGGGCUGGUCCUGGUUUACUAAAUAGCAUGGGAGGAGCAGGUCAAGCAAAUAGCUCCCUGAUCAAUAAUAUUUCUCCUGCUGUCGUACAAAAAAUGUUGACCCAACAAGGCGGUGGCGGUGUUGGCGGUCAAGGUUUCGUUGGUCCUUCAGGAGGUCGUCCUCUGCAACCUCAAGGUCAACCAUCUACUCAACAGUUGCGGAUGCUCGUUCAACAAAUCCAAAUGGCGGUUCAAGCUGGAUAUCUUAACCACCAGAUCUUAAAUCAGCCUCUGGCUCCUCAAACGCUGGUUCUGUUAAAUCAACUGCUGCAGCAAAUAAAAGCUCUUCAACAGUUGAACAGUCAUCAUCAGUUAGCUGCACAAUCAUCAAAAGUUAACCUGUCCAAUCCAACUCAUAUGCAGUAUUCGGUUCUUAUCACCAAGACCAAGCAACAAAUCAUAAACAUUCAGAACCAAAUUCAAGCUCAACAAGCCCACUAUGUCAAGCAACAACAGCAACAACAACAGGGUAUCGGAUAUGAUUUUAAGUCCAACCCAAUGCAUGAAUCAAUCAACGCUUUGCAAAGCAAUUUCUCCGAUCUUACUUUGAACAAAGACCCGAAUCAGCAGCAGUCACGUCUGAACCAGUGGAUUAACAAAGACAAGGAUGAGAGCAGUGAAUUUAGCAGAGCACCAGGUUCUUCAUCCAAGCCAGUAGCUACCUCACCUAAUAUGGCACCUCUGGGAUUAACUCAGCCUGAUGGCUGUUUCAGGCCUUGGUCAAGUGGACGAUCUGGUGACACUGGUUGGCCAGACUCUGGCGGCGUUGAUAGUGGAAACGAUAUCAAAGACGCACAGUGGACUGCAGUUCCUCCUCAACCAUCUUUGACUGAUUUAGUACCUGAAUUUGAACCUGGAAAGCCGUGGAAGGGGAACCAGAAGUCGAUCGAAGAUGAUCCGAGCAUUACUCCUGGUUCAGUAGUGCGGUCACCUUUGUCGAUUGCAACCAUAAAUGUCAAGGACAAUGAGCUUUUUGGGACUAGCAAAAGUCCUCCAGCCACUGACGCAAUGCAAUCUCUUAGUUCAUCCACUUGGUCUUUCAAUCCUCCGUCUACCUCGAGUACUUUUACUGGUCCCCAGAACAAGCUUCAAUCCAAAGGCGGUUUGGGCGAUCUGAAUCCUACUACUGCCGUUACUGCUGAAUUAUGGGGAGCUCCAAAGUCGCGUGGACCUCCACCCGGCUUAUCGUCCAAGAGUGGCGGUGGUGGAUCUCUCACUAACGGCUGGGCUGGUCAAUUGUCCGGUGGUUCCGCCCCAUGGGGCGGUGCAUCCAACCCUGUUCAACGCAAUUCGGGUAAUUGGGGUGGAAAUGUGGGCCCAUCUCAAUGGUUGUUACUUAGAAAUCUGACUGCCCAGAUCGAUGGAUCAACUCUAAGAACGCUUUGCAUGCAACAUGGCCCAUUGCUAAGUUUCCACCUCCACCUUCACCAAGGUUUUGCACUUGCCAAAUAUUCUUCUCGUGAAGAAGCUACUAAGGCUCAAACUGCGUUGAACAAUUGCGUUCUCGGCAACACGACAAUUUUAGCAGAAAAUCCCACAGACUGGGAUGCAAGCACCUUAUUACAAAGUAUUGCUAAUCAACAGAGUUCAUCCGGAGGUUGGCGUAACUCCUCAUCCAAACCAGGUGGAGACACCUGGAGCACAGGAUGGCCUAAUAACCCAUCAAGUUUAUGGGCAAAUACACCUCUGGAUUCUAGUGACCCAGCUAGAGCCACCCCCUCCAGCCUUAACUCGUUCUUACCGAAUGACUUGUUAGGAGGUGAGUCCAUGUAAAUCAAACGAGACACAUGAAUUUAAGUCAAGAAGAGAACGAAAGAUAUUGAAUAAUUAUCAAUCAGUUGAGUUAUUAAGUUUUAUCGCGUUUUGUUACAUUUUUUUCGUUUUACCUGUACGAAUUAAAAUUAACUAAUAAUUUACUGAUUGAUUGAUAUUUAUUGUAUAAUUUAAUCGCAAACUCCGUUUAGACGUUGUAUUUUUAUCUCUGAUUAUUAUUCAGUGAUCGACGUAGUCAUUGUUCUAGAAUAUACUUGUUUUUUUAUUUACAAUAAGGUUAAAUUUAGGGGAGGUGGAUUUACCAAAUGUACACGAUUUGCCUUUAAAGUGCGCAAAAUUGGGAAGCUAUAUUAUUAUUUUGCAUUCUUUUUAUUUAUUUUCGAGUUGCCAUUUUUUUAUUUUUAAAGCCUUACUGGUAGUGUCCGUUUUAACCAGUAGCGUGGCCUGUUGAAAAUAAUAAAUGAAACUAAUUAGCUUUAUAACGGAAUAGUAAACCACUGUGUCAAGAAGAUUAGUGACUUAAUAUCCGACUGCGAUGCGUUUUACAUUUUAGUGGUACCGAGCUCAACUUUGAACGCACCAAGUGACGCAUAUGGAAUGUAACCUAAACUAGUCCCAAUUAAGCAAGGUUUAAUAUUAAUAUAAUAUAUAAUGAAAUAUAUAUAUAUUUAAAUACGUGACCAAACUCAUAAUAAUUACAUUUUAUAUAUUUCGAGCUCUUAGCAUAGACUUUCUCAUAUUUAGAUAUUUUCCUAUAUAUUAACACUCUUUAAUAUUAGCGUUGUUUUUAAAUAUGGUUUAAUCCUAAUUUGAAACGUACCUAAGUUAUUUGUAUAUGGUAAGGAACCCGGUGUAGUAAUCUUUUCGUGGCAUGUAUCCUAUCCUAUUUUCGUUUUGGUUAAAUAGGGCGAUGGAAAAAUUAUGCUGGGGAUAUAUGUAACAAGAGUUACUUUAGAGCGAAAGGUGGCCAAUGCCCUUGUAGUUCUUGGAAAAUAUUUGUAAUUGAUUCCGUUGCAAGCACGCUAGCAGUGGGAGCGAUCAAUUCUCGUAUAAAAAAUUGCCAUCAAGAUUAAUUACGGUUAGGAGUCGGGAAAAAUGGGGUAAAGACUGAGCUUUUUAUACUUGCUAUAUUGAAAACACGAAAGAAAAAAAGACGCGAAUUAUAAAUUGAAAUCGUAGCAUUGAGCCCCGCUCUGUUAUUCAAGAACUAAAGGGAGGUUGUUGGGUUUGGUCGAGGUUGAGUACUCUUUCGGAAACCGUUUCAUUGCACGAGGCCUAGUCAAUCAUUCAAUAAAAAUUCUAAAUAGUUCUAUCCUAUAUUGUGUCGCCUUGAUUGGUAUCUAGAAAAAUCACUUAUCUUCGACCAGACGGUGGUAUAGUGGCAUGCGAGUGGUCACUGUCAGAAAUGUUUUCGUGGACUCUCAAAUCCCCGCAGAACCUGUGAUCUCCUAUUCCUGAUAUAUCAAAUUACACUUACAAAUUAUACAUGGUUACGUAAGCUGUUAAAUAAAUAUUUUUGGGUUGAAUUACUCCCAAAAUAAAACACCACACAAUCAGUUUUUAGACUGCACGCUAAUUGAAAGUAUUCUUAAAUAAAUUAAGUAAUAAAAUUCUUUAACAAGUUAAUACCCAAAUAUCGUUCUAAUUAAUAAAGUUUAUUAUAUCCUUAAAUCAUAUAAUAAAUGUAUUUCUGUGUUUAAUGGAUGUGUUAGCCGUAGACUUUGAAUAUCGUUACAUUUUUAGUCUGUAUACUGUGAUUGUUUUAAUCACAUUAAGAAUUAACAAACAUGUGUUAUUGUGGUGUUCAUACAAUAUCGAGAUUCAACUUUAUAGCUAACAGUAUGAAAGAACGGUAUGCAAGAUUUCUAAACUUUCGGGCUCUUUGAACAUUAAUUGUAUCAGUUUGCAAAUGGAAAUUAAUUAGUUUUAGAAUAAAAAAAAGAAUGCUCAAUUUUAAACAAGUCUGAAUUGUUGCUGCCUUCAACGUGAAGCUUUUCGGAAUACAAAAUAUAACUUACAAGAGAUUGUUCAGAAUCAAUCAGUGUCCCAAAUACCGAAACGGCAGCUGAUUUUGCCACUCACACGUACCCCUUACUGUGCUUUAUUCUGAGAUAUUUUUCUAGUCGCGUAUGUCUCUUCUUUCCAUUUGCGGAAGUUACCAAACCAACUCUAGUGGCAAAAAGACUGAAGUCGACAAAUCUUCAAUUUAUUGUUUACAUUAUAAUGCAUUUAAGUUUGGUUUCGUAAUGUUCAAAGACCCUUGAGAAUAACCUGCUAUGGCCGAAGCUUUUUUUCGACUGCGUCUAAUUAAAAAUCGAAUUUUAUGUUCUAAGCAAUUUAAACGUAUAUACUCUCAGAUGCAAGAAAAGAAACUUCCGACCGUGGUAUUUGCAAAAGAAACAUUUUGAAUGAAGUAGCAGUUUAAAAAAGUACAUAACUGUGCUGUGACUCUUAAGUGGCUUUUUAAUUUUUAAAAAUAAAAAUAAAAAACGAAAAAAAAAAUUUUUGUUUCAAAAGCUAUUGUUUGUUUAGUAGCUUCUGAAGAAAGCUAAGCGUCUGUUUUAUAGAUUAAAAUAUUCAAGUCAUAUCGGGCAAAAAUAAUGGAACAAUUGUAUAAUGAAUUUAUCAAAACGUGUAUUUUUAUUAAAUUAGGGCUGUCGUUGAAAAGCUAGGUUUUAUUUUUCAAUGGAAUUUAAUCUAAGAAAUGGGCGCUUCUUCGACAAAUGGUGCAAAAAUACGGGCUGUUCUUUCUAGCAGGCUGUUUCUGCUUUAAACAUUAAAAGACGCUUUACUUAAGCCUACUGGAAAAAAUAGACCUUUCUCAUAAGUUCCAAUAGAGAAUAUUUAGUAUCUUAUUGCCAAUUUUAGUAUCUAUGUAUUAGCGUUUAGGAAUUACGAUAUUACUUAGUAUUAAGAAACUUGGUAGUAGGGAUAUAUUGUGUGUUCUUAUAUAAUUGGACAACCACAACUCUGAAUCAUACACUAUAUACGCGCUGAUCUAUCCAGAUAGAAACAUAUACGCUCCGAACAUAGAUCUUUUAUAGUUCACUACUAUGUUUAAGUAAACGCCUAGGUGUUAUCGGUCAUAUUUUCACAAUUAGACUCCAAGACGUAACUUAAUUCCAAUUCCACGUCAUAUAAAAAAACAUAAAAGCAAUUACUUGGCUAUGACAAUUGAACCCCAUCUCAAUACCGCGGCCUUUAAGUGGUUGUUUACGGAAUAUUUACCAUCUCACAUUCUUUGGUUUACCUAAUCGUCUGCGAGUAUUCUACAAGCAAAAAACGGCAAUCACUCCAUCUAUUAUUCAAUAACUUCCAUUUAUAAACGGUCUGCCUUCAACAACUGUUUCAGAAAAGAAAGAAAACCACCAAAAACCUGGUACUAAAUUAGUUUUUACCUAUAAAAAGAAAUUUAUUUAGUUGUAGGUAUUUCGUAGACUUAUGCCCCACCAGUGAUUUUAUAAUAUGUGAAACAGUUUGACAGUUAUUUGUAGACCUUCGUUCGCAAUGUAUUCAGCGAAAAAUACGAGUUACUGCGGUGCAAUUUAAAAAUGUAAAAAAAUUCUUACGCAACAUUUGCGUAUUUGGUGGUGUUAUGGUUUAAAAAUAGUCCUUAUAUUAUGAUUUAUUUACACAUUGACUGCUUAACAUUGGGAAACACUGACAGGUUUAAAAUUGACUCAAUCAAGAAUUCGAAAUACAUAUUUGGAUUACGCUGUUUUCAUGACUUCAUCACCUAACAGUUGGAGACUACCAAUUUUCAAUGUUUUCAGACUAAAUUUCCUUUAUAUAUAUCGGGUAUAUAUCGUCAUGUAUAUGUUAUGUUAUUAGUUAUUUGGCACCAAAGAAACAGAGUCACAAUUUUUACUCAAAUUUUGUCGAACCAGACUUAGAAAUUAGAACUGGUUCAUCAAAUGUAGCAAAUGAAACGGAUAUGCAUAUGAAAAACUAUAUGCUUUUGCAGAAAUAAUUGGCUUACAUCUGGAUGCUUUAUAUUUCAGUUUUUAUCGAUCGGGAUAAAAAAAUUAAAUUCAAAAGUUUAUUGUUAAGUUACUUAGUAUUUUUUCGAUUUCAUUUGAAUUUUCCAUCUCUAGUCAUUCAAUUCGCAGUAAUUCGUAUUAAGGAGGAAGUGUCUGAACAACUGCCAAUGAAGUAUUGUGAUUUACUUACUAAUAUAAUGUAUAUAUUAUCGAGUGUGCAUUAAAUUUCUGAGAUGUUAAUUUAUUGAUUGGUGGCAAGUAGCCGUCAAGUGGUAAAUUUAUACGCAUUAGUUUCCUAUUGUCUGAUAUUUGUGUACCUUUGAAUUUUUAGACUGUAAUGUUGUUUAUUUAUAAAAAUAAUUAAAAAUAAAAAAUAUAUAUAAGCUCAGCUUCAAUAUCAUAAUAGGUAGUGUAGACGAUGCACGAUUACAUGAUUCGUGGCUGUAUGAAACACGUGAAACGAUCCCAAACUUAGCAAUUUUGAAAUACCACCAACCUGACUGUUACCUGACUAUUUGCAAUACGCAAACAGCAACGAAACUUCUGUUCUAGGUACAAGCAGGAAAUGCACACGAUACGUAACUUCAAAAUUGUCGAAAAAAAGAAAAAAUAAAUAAAAUCUGAUUAUCUAAAUAAAUGUUUAAACUCGUAGUAUUUCACUUAGGUUGACAGUAUUUGUGAUCAAAGUGCCACUUGUGUUUUCAAGUAUAUAUAUUAUAUAUUUAAUCAUUGCCACUAAAUACUAUAUAUUACAUAUAUAUGAACUAAAGAAUAUAUUAUAUAAUAAUUACACCAUGUAAUAGUGGAAAUAGAAAUAUGGCAAAGUAAUUUACCUUAACCGUAGUAGUAAAUUCUUGGUGUUCGGUAGUUAAUAAGACUUGUUUACUUGACCUGACCUAAGUAUUUUUUAAAUGUAGGAGCAUUCGAAGUGAAGUGGACGCUUUUCUUAUAAAGACUUAAAACCGAAAAUUACAUAUUUUAGAAUUAUUGAGUUUAUUACUCACACAUAAUUGUUUGAGGCGCUUAUUCGCGUGAAAAAUGGGAAAUUAACAAUCAGUUAGGAGUCAAGACUUAAAAAUGCCAAAGUUGUGUGAGCAAUUCGAAUUGUUUGUGUUUUGUUUUAACUCAUAUCAUUGAAACCUACUGCGAUAAUACCAUGAACAUCAUUUAAUCUUUUGAUAGUUCCACCUAUUAGAUGGUACAUAGUUUACUUGCGUACGAGGUAAAAGGCCAUAUCAAAAUUAUAACAGACAAUUAAUGUAACAUUAGUAAUAUCGUGGUUGUGUCCUACAUUCAAUUUGUCUCAUGGAAGAUUAAGUGAUGAUCUACUCAAGUUAAACUCGGUUCCGGAUCUGUCUUAUUGCAACUUUGACAAGGUCACAUUAAAGUCUGCCAAAAAUUGAAACCCUGACUUAUAGAUAUAGUAUAGAAUUAUUUUUAUGAAUCGGCAAUAAUACAUUUACUUUUUAAAGUGUAUAUGACUUUUAGGAGAAAUUACAGUUUUUCUAAGAUCAGUUGGUAAGCUGUAGAAAGCCAACAUCGUUGAAACUAAACUCGUAGAAGCUUUUCGCUUUUAGAGAGAAAGUAAAUCGCGCAAUGUUCAUCAUGUAACACUUGAUAAUACCAAUCGAUGUGCCUCUUGACUUUGUUAUAACGUGUAUAAUACUUAAAUGUAACUAAAUCGUGACCUGCUUGGUCUCAGUUUUAUCCCGAAAAUGAAUAUCUACAUUUACUGAUGAGCUUUAAAAAAACACUAAUACACGUGUUAAAGCACCGUUUUUUAUAUAACUCUAUUUUGUAAUUGUUUCACAACGGACAAUAAGCUUGCCAAUAUGUCCAGCUGUUUGUUCGUUGUGCACACUCCCUGAAUUGACUUAAGAAAUGUAAUCGUACAUGUAAGUUUAUGUGUAUGAUUGUUCCUUUCUCGCAUAAAAUCGUAUAUUUUCACCAUCAUUCACGACCAAGCGUUCUGUCUAUCAAGAGAAACUUGCAAAAAAUAUUCGAAAUGGUUAAUGGGUAGUUUUAAGGUAGCUGUAGGCAUACUUAAUAAAAUUGUUACUUAUCUAGUGGCAGCAUUUAGUCAGUAAAACUAGUAUUAUAAUGUAAACUCCAGGAAGUUGCAUAAUCUUCAAAGCUGUGCAAUACUUCGUCUUCAAGUAUUAUUAUUAAUGAGUCGGUCACAUCAUACGCUUUCGUUACCGUAAUGGAGUUAGUAUCCGCCGAAAAUCCCAUAGCUCUUCUCCUCUUAAAGAAAAAAGUAUUCGGUCUCUUUGCACAAUUUAUCUUGCCGUCACCAUUACUCAACUCUUUCAACUCUUGUCACUUUAUACCAAAGACCCUUUGUGUCAUAUAAAUGUAAAUGCUGAAAUUUUUUUUUCGAAUUUCGCCAAAUUCUUCCAACCAUGGUUGUGAUAGUCAUAGUUUAGUGCUUUUUAUUCCACGUGCUGAUUAUUUUACUAUUUAAAUACCAGUAUGUUAUUUAUAGUGUCUGGAGAAUCAGCAACCGCCUCUAAACGUUGCUGGUUUUCCGGUUGUGCAGUGAACAGCACAAACUCAAGUGCCUAUUAAUAUGUGCAAUUGAAAAAUUUGGGCCUGACUUUUUGACAGGGUUUUAACAUAUUUAGGCGAAUUGAUUGUAUAUUUAAAUAAAUCGGCUACGGUUAGCCCCACUAUUGUAUAAAAAUUGCUGAUGAAAAUAGAAAAAAUGUAGAACUAAGUAACGGUGUGAUUUUGGAAGAUUUAUUUGAUUAAAGAACUUGUGCAGGUAUGGUUGACAGAACAUUGAUAUUUUCUAGUAUAAAAAUAUUUUUUAGACUAAUCCGUACCUGCGUAGAUUCGAAGUGUGUUGAAAUGUAAUUUUGUUGAUCUCGCGAUUUUGCGAUGAUUUCAUGCUAGCAAGGUACUGCCAACUGUAAAAAGAUAAUGUAUGUUGUAAUAUUAUCAAAGAGUUUUAUCGUGUAGGUUAAUUGUACAAUAACGUUUUGCCGUUCUACUAACGCAGAGGUAUUUUUUCUGAAUUGGUACGCAAAUUCAAAUUAGACUAGUUGUGAGUGGGGUAGCAAAAUGAACGUUAGGCCCUCAAUCUCAGGUGUAGAAUUAUUAUCAUUCUUAUAGAACACUAAUGCUAAGUGAAUUACUGAAAUUAACAUUCCUUGAAUCUCGUUUUGUGUGUUUGUUAACGUUUCGAUUCGUUUUGCGAACUUCUGUUCCUCGUCACAAUAUUCCAAAAAUUUGAAAUCGGCUCCGGGCCACUUUAGUUAAGCAACAUCAAAAAUCCGUUAUUCCUUUUGUUGAUCAAUCAAAAUAACAAAUGCCUUAAAAUGACAAACAAAAGUGCGCUCUCUGUCUAGUUUAUUUAUAGGAUAAGGUUCGUAGCUUAAGGUAUUUAAAUGGUUAGAAAGACUGUAGAGGGAUACCAGGUGAUUAAAAAACAACUUCUAUACUACUAUAUAGUUAGUUUCCGUUCAAAUUCUCCUAUAUAACUAUUUUUUAACAAUCAGAUUUAAUAAGACUUUUGCACAGGUAAAGUAAGAGAGAACACUAGGUCCAUCUAAAGAAAGGGUGCUUUUAACAACCGCUUUUAUAAUACUUGUCAAAGGAUACUACACACAUUUUUAAAUAGUAAGGCUUUAGAGGUAUUUUCUGUCAUAUUAUUGCAUACUGAUUAAAAGACAACACAUCGGUUAAUUAUGAAUCGUGCCAAAAUUUUGCUUAGAAACCUUUUGCUCAUGGCGAUUAUAGACACAACUAUGAUCGCAUACGCUUACUUGCUGUGUAUAAUAACUUAAAAUGCAAUAUGUGUAUAUAUUGGCUGAUGAAUUCUUGUACAAUUGUUAUAAUUUCAUAGUAUAUUAUCGUGUAAACUACUUAAUUCUUAGUAUAGAAAAUGUGUUACUACAUAUUUAAGUAUUAAAAAUCCAAAAAAUGAAAAAAAAAAUGCAAGUUUCUCUUCGCCAUGGUAGAUGGGAUAGCUCUAAGAACAAAUGCUGUCGAUGUAUUGUUUUCAAUAUUCCAAUUAUUGAAUCUUGGUUUGCUGUAUACUGAUUUUAGUAAUUAUGUUACUGUUGAUCUAUAAUUAUCAAAUCCGUAUUUAUUCAACAUCCACGUUGCCCAGCUUGUUUACAUUUUACGCACGGUGUCUUGUGAUUUCGUUUUCUGUGUGAUAUAAGUACAAUUUUUGUGAUAAUAUUGAUAUUUAUAGUUAUUUUUAAACGCUUUAGCGUGUACUUUCGGUAUAUAACACUCGAAAUUCUACCUAAGGAAUAACCCAAUGAAAUUUAACCAUUGUCGAUCGGAUAACAGCAGCAAAUUGUCAAUGAUUUCGUUUAAGAAAGUAUCAAGAUGAAUUGUUCCAUUGUAACUUGACUAGUCGGGCUUUUUAAAGAAAUUGAAAUCGAAUUUGACGGAACUCAAAUCAUUUUGUUUAGGACUACGCACUUGUUGUUUUUUUUUUUAAAUGCAAUUGAGCCAUGUUUCUCUAGUUUAAGUCACAGAAUCAACUGGAAUUCAUUAAUUAGUAAUAGGUUUGUGCGUAGACUCUGGGCAACAUGGGGAUUGGUUAAAAAAAAUGGCAACUUUGUAGUGAUUUUUUGUUAAAUAUGUAUAAAAAAUCGGUCGCGUUCAGCUGGCCGAAGAUGCGACUGGAAAAAAAUUGCUGGCGUAAAAUGUAAACAAUUAUCCACGUGUCUGCAUUCAUAUAGCAUCACAUGACUUGCUUGUUUCGAUUUGAUGUUAGGAUGACGUAAUUAUUCUUGCAACAAAUGGCCUAAAACAAGUUCCCUCCUAUCAAAUCUAGUCCAUUUUUGAUGUCCAACUGAAAAUAUUCCAGUUAUCGAUCAUAUCAUUCUCUUAUUGUUUAUAUAUAUCGUGUUUUUGUUAUAUCUCGUUUUGUUGAUUGGUGUAAGCAUUAUAAACGCCCCCCUAUAGUAUCUUCCAAAUCCUUUCAAGUUCCUUAUGUUAUUACUUAGAUACGAUGGUUCGCCUCCGGUAAAUCGACGUGGCGUGAAUAUUUUAUUUAGUAUGGUUGUGUUAAAACAUAAGUUGGUUUAAAAAAAUAUGAAAAUCGAAUAAGGCAAUAUGAACUUUCCUGUUUGACAGACUCAAAUAUGUGAUAUUGCUGACAAUUUAAAAAUAACAAUAAUUCUUCUACCGUUAUCUACUUUACCUAAAAACAUCACUAACAUUGACGUAGAGUGACGAAAAUGGCGAGCGGCUGCCGUUACGUACUGGACCUAUAGGCUGUCUUUUUGAAUUUUGUAAAAGACAUUUUUAGAGACGAGAACAAAGCAGUUGUUAAAUAUAUAUAAUUAGAGAUAUGAGUUGGCCAGUCAGUUACUGUAGAGAUGUUUGAACGUGGAUUACUCCCUUACUUUUAUACGCAAGGUUUGUGUAGCUAACGCUUGGAUAAGUCUGAUCUGAACACAUUUAAAAAACGAUUAAAGAAUCUCUGAUAGAAACGACGAUAUCUAAGUUGCCGACACUGUCAUUAGGAGGGUAAACUCAGGGACCAGGCCAAAAGUCACGGUGAUAUGAUAUCAAGUAGUAACAAUUAACAAAAUCAAAUCAGAUAAAAUUAAUUAACACUUCUCAAGUAAUACACUACCCUAUGUAAACUCAAUUGAAUGUUGUAGAAAAAUAUUUUCAAAUCUGUAUAAAUAGUUAAAAGGAAGUUAUAAACAACUACCCGGCUGCACUGUACUAACUAUAAUCAUUCUAAAUAGUCAACCUAUGUAUCCAAGUAGUCUGAUAUAAUUGCACGAGUCCAAUUUUGUUUCCCAACAAUAAGCGGAAAUACAGUGCAGAUGGGCACCUAGGUUUAAGUUAGAUUAUGUAAGUGCUUUUGAACAACAUUCUGUUGUUUACGCUCUGUACUUGUAACCCAAAUGACCAGUAUGCAUUCAGUAAUAAAGGUUGUCUUAAUGUA